AUGGCCGACGCAAAUCGUGCUUCCAUCUACCUCAACGCGUCUCUCGCUGCUCUUCCUCUGCUGGCGCUCUGGUUCUGGAGACAGCGUCGUCUCAGCGUAGCCAUGCCGUCCAAAACGGUGGUGGUGGUUGGCGCGUCGUGGGCCGGCAUCAACGUCGCUCAUGGCCUGCUGAAAGAAGUCCCCGAUGCAAAGGUGGUGUUGGUCAAUCCCUCUGACGAGUUUUUCUUCAAUAUCGCUUCUCCCAGAGUCAUUGCCAAACCCGGCGAUAUCGCCAGGGAGAAAUACCUCUAUCAGAUCGUCUCUCUGUUUGAGAAAUACCCCAACCGCAAGAAUGCAUUUGACUUCGUUCUGGGCAAAGCCGUCUCUAUCGAUCUGGAGGGCAAGAAAGUCUCUGUCGCAGAAAACGCGACGACCACGGAUCUAGCCUAUGACUACCUCGUCAUCGCAUCAGGCAGCACGUCCAACGCAACGACAGGCACCGCGUCUCUCAAAGUGCCAUUCAAGGCCGCCCAAGAAGGCGGCCAACUCGAGUCCGAAAUCAAAGCCGCCCAAGAAGCCAUCAAAAGCGCAAAGAGCAUCAUCAUCGGCGGCGCGGGUGCCGUUGGCGUGGAAUUCGCCGGUGAAAUCACCGACGCUUACCCAGACACCAAAGUCACGCUCGUCACAAACACGGACUCCGUCCUGCCCAUCCUCAAGGCAUCGCCACGCCAAAAGGCGGCCAAAAUCCUCAAGUCCAAGGGUGUUGAGGUCCUGACGGGCAAAACCGUGCAGGCGGCCGAGCUCGAUGCAGCAACUAACAAAUGGACUGUCACCCUGGCUGACGGCGAGGUUCUUUCCGCCGAUGCGUACAUUUCAACCACAGGCUCUGUUCCUAACAAUGACUUUAUCCCGGCCUCUCUGCUUAACGAGUCUGGCUGGGUGGAGGUUGAUGCGCAUUUCAAGGUCGCAUCUACUGAUUCUGUGUAUGCCGUGGGCGAUAUCACGCAUUACUCUGCACGCUUGACGUCGCGAAUCGCCGGGCAGGUGAGCGUGCUGGUGUCGAACCUCAAGGCCGAUAUCACAGGUAAAGGCAAACGCGCGGCUUAUGAUAGUAACCAGACUCUGAUGAUGCUUGUGCCAAUUGGUAAAUCAAGCGGGACUGGCCAGAUUGGAGGCUUUACUGCGCCUGGGUUCAUGGUGUUGUUGGUCAAGGGAAGGGAUUAUUUCACGGGAUCGGGAAUGAAAUUUGUGGCUGGCUGA